GGUUGUAGUUAGAGAAGAGUGUAGGUUUCAAUAGACAAAUACUUGAGAGUUGGUCUUUGCGUGACCAAUAAUAAUAAACAAAAGUAUACACUAUAAUAGGAAUAUCUUAUCUAGAUGGGUUCUCAUAUUCUCAAAAUCUCACCUUUUGCUUCUUCAACCCUUCUGAUUAUCAACGCCACCCCAUUCUUGAGAUUUCAAGCCAAAAGGGUUGUUAGCAUUUGUGGCCAUCCCAAGACCCAAUUCAGGUUUUCAUCAUCAUCAUCAUCAUCAUCACCAUCAUCAUCAAGUAAGAGAGGGUUCAGAGGUGGGGUUGUUGCUAUGGCUGCACCAGACUCCGUUCACAAGUCAGAGGAAGACUGGCGUGCAAUUCUAUCUCCUGAGCAGUUCCGUAUUCUAAGACAGAAAGGCACUGAGUAUCCAGGUACCGGAGAGUAUGACAAGUUUUCUGGUGAAGGAGUCUACCAAUGUGCAGGAUGUAGCACUCCUCUCUACAAGUCCACAGCAAAAUUCAACUCAGGCUGUGGUUGGCCAGCUUUCUUUGAGGGUCUUCCUGGAGCAAUUAAUCGCACUCCUGACCCUGAUGGCAGGAGGGUCGAGAUUACUUGUGCAGCUUGUGGCGGUCAUCUUGGUCAUGUUUUCAAGGGUGAGGGUUUCCCUACCCCAACGGAUGAACGCCAUUGUGUCAAUAGUGUUUCCCUCAAGUUUACACCAGCAAAUUCUUAGUUCAUCGCAUUUGGGAUGUGAUGGUUAUCAUAGCUUUAUAUCUCUCAUGCAUAGUUUAUAUGAUGAUAUGUUAACUACUGAUGGCAGUGUUGUGUUUUGGAAAUAAAAGUUACUUUUAGUCUUGCGCUUUCUUGGAAAUGAUUCUUAACCUCUUGUAAUUUGGCUUCAAUAUAUAGGAAAAUCUAGACGAAUUCAAUAUAAAAAAUUUUCAACUUU